GAAGAGUCCAUAAUCGUGUAUGUUGUAAUAGUGUAUCCGAAAACUCGGUCAUAUUCAGAGGGAAAGUGGAGAAUCUUAGUGAAAAAAACACUCGAGGUGUGGUUAUGUUUAUUAGCGCCGCAACAUAAAUUCAUACAUAUAGUCAAAGCACCUGGGAAGGACUACGGUCACGUCCAUUUUGAAACUCGACAAGCGACAG